AUGGGCGAACAAAACUUUGCGAGAUUGGUUCACGGUGACCGUCGAUCCUCCAUCCCGCCUGACGCGAAACCCCCCGCGCAGCAGGCGCGGCGCAGCGAGAGGAGGCGGAGGGUGUGGGGAAGCGGCAGCAGCGAAUCGUGGGCCAGCAGCUUCUUUACAGGGGCGGAGCAGCGAGAGGAGGCGGUGGUGGGCGUGAGGGAGCGGCAGCAGCGGCGACUGGAGGAGGAGGCGAAGGCUGCUGCUGAGGAGCGAGCGCGCGUGCAGGCACAGGCGCGGGAGGAGGCGCGGCAAGCAGCGGUGGCAGCCUUAGAGGCCAGCCGAGGCCGCUCUCUGCGGUCUUCAGGUCUGCGUUCUGCUGAAAAGGACCAGCAGGAGCAGCAGGAGCAGCAGGACCAGCAGGACCAGCAGGACCAGCAGGAGCAGCAGGGCCGGCAGUCGAGAGAUUUAAGCAGGGAGGGCGGAAGGAGAGGAGAAGGAGGCGGAAGUGCAGAGGUGGAUGGAUCCUCGCUGAGUGAGGGUGAUCAUCUGGGAGGCGGCGGGGGAGAUAGAAGCAGUGGCUAUGAGGUUUCUCGGCUUGUGAGGCGGCACAGGGGAGGGGUAGGGCAGGCGGGAGGAAGGGAGAGCGAGGACGGGAAUGAAGGAGGGGGAGGGGAAGGACGGGAGAUCAGGAGUGGCGUGAUGGGAGGGCGAUUGGAUGUGGAUCGUGGAGGGUGGAGAUCAGCUGCAUCACUGGAAGCAGAGAAAGAGAGGAAGAGGCAGGACGCAGCCUUUGCAGCCUCGUUGCGUCGGGAUAGGGCGAUAGAGGAGAGGCGGAGAGAGGAGGAGGAGAAGAGGGGGAGAGAAGCGGAGGAGCAAGAACGGCUCAAAGAAGUGGAGAGAAGAGCAGAGGCGCAGAGGCGAAAAGAGGAGGAGGAGAGAAGAAGAGCAGAGGGAGAGAGGAAACGAAUAGUGGAGGAGCGCAGGGAGCACUACAGACAAAUGCUGCCGCCAGAGCCAGGAGCUGACGUGGCGAGUGAGGAGAGGGCGGUGGUGGCAGUCCGGCUGCCAUGCGGGACGGUGUGCAGGCGGGAGUGGCGGCGAGCCGACACGGUGGGAGACAUCUAUAACUGGGACCUUCCCCUCUUCCCCCUCUCCCGCGCUGCUCUCGCCACCACCUUCCCUCGCCGCCUGCUGCCCCUCGCCUCCUCUGCAGCCGUCUCCCUAGAGCAUGCAGACCUGUGCCCACGAGCCGUGCUGGUGGUGGAAGAGCAGAUGAACGAGAAUGAGGGCGAGGGGUCUAGGCCUGUGUAG